GUUGCUCGCAACGCACCGAAGAAGAGACUGUCACUUGCAAGCAGCUAGCUGUAGAAGUUAUCAGCUUUCUCCUUGUUGACCGAACUGGAAAUUCAUCAAGACAAAUUCAUCGUAGACAUCUCCCACCCGCGAACAGACUACUGCUUACUUUAGGUAUCCUUCUCAGAGAGUCACAAUUUUCCCCGUACAGUAACACUGUAUCACCACUGGACGCUGUGUGAUUCAGCAAAAUAAUGUGCUAUAGCUGAAGAUGGGGGGUAGUGGCUCCAAAUCCAAAGGAUUUUGGCCUUUUUCUGGCUCAGGUACUGGGGACGAUCCAGCCAAAGAUGGGAACGAGCAGCCGCUGACGAGAACUCGGAGUUUUCCUGGUGCAACGCCUUUUGUGUUUACCAGACGAAGCUCCUUGUAUUUUGAUGAAGAUGGCGACUUGGCCCACGAGUUCUACGAGGAGACAAUCGUGACAAAGAAUGGACGUAAAAAAGCCAAGCUGAAAAGAAUUCAGAAAAAUUUAACGCCUCAGGGAAUUAUAAAGCUGGACAACCCGUGCAUCCAUGUAGAUUUCCCAGUUAUCCUCUGGGAAUCCUGACUGUCUGAUUUACUGACAGAAGCCACUGUGUCACCUGCGCGUUGUGGUUUCCUCCCCCGUUGCAGCUGGAAGCCAGAAUCAACAUUGAAAUAAAUGACCUCUUGAUUUGUCUGCUCCUGUGUGGAACGGCUGAUACUCUGAGUACCGAGCCUCUGCAUGUGAUCUGUUUUUGACUUGAGUGAAGUGAGACACAGGGUAGGCCACCACGAGAGAUGUGGAGGGAAAACAAAACCCUCCCAGUUUUCUAGAGAUCGUGGUUAACGUGCAUGUUGGUGGGAAUGUGUGCAGACAGAGCGACACAUGAAAGAAUCCUAGAUUCCUUGUUUUGCUGCAGAUUAUUUUCUGGUAUGAAUCACUGAACUCAAUGAGUUUAAAAAUAUAUAUUAAGCAUUACUUGUUUAUUAUGGU